AUGCAGCCGAGCCUUCUGGGGGUCUUCGCGGGGCCCAACGGCCUCAGAGACAGGUCCUGCAUUCAUUCAACAAACAGUGGGGCAAGUCCCUGCCCCGAGCCGGGCCGGGCGCUGCUGGCCUAUCCCCCCGGGGGGAGCCCUAAUGAGGGGCUCCAGUCAAAGGCUGGGGGUGGUCUCCUGUGCCGAGGGGAAAAGCCUGGACUUGAGCCUGUGGAGAGCAUGGCCGGGAUGGGGGGUCCCCUGAGAUCCCUUCUGCUCCUCUGGUUUCUGGGGCCCUCGGCAUCCUGGGGGAGCCCACCCAAGCCCCCUCGGGGCCCCUUGCUUUUUGUGACCUUGGUCUAUCGCCAUGGUGACCGUGCCCCACUGGACUCCUACCCCACAGACCCCCACAAGGACAAGACCAUAUGGCCCUGUGGGCUAGGCCAGCUGACCCAGGAGGGCGUCCAGCAGCAGGUCGAGCUUGGCCACUUCCUAAGGGCCAGGUACCGCGACUUCCUGAGCCAAGAGUACCACCGAGAAGAGUUGUAUGUGCGCAGCACAGACUAUGACCGGACCCUGCAGAGUGCCCAGGCCAACCUGGCCGGGCUCUUCCCGAGGCCUCCCUUCACCCCUGGCUGGAUGCCGGUGCCCAUCCACACUGUCCCGGCCACUGAAGACAAGCUGCUCAAGUUCCGGACCCAGGGAUGUCCUCAGUACCAGAAACUGCUGGAGGAGACAGUGGGGGGCGAGGAGUACCGGGCAGCCCUGGAGAGCUGGAAAGAUUUCCUGGUGCAUGUGGGGAACCUCACCGGCCUGUCCCUUGCCGAGGGGCCCCUGCACAGGGCCUGGAAGGUGCUGGACACUCUGAUCUGUCAGCAAGCCCACCGACUCCCCCUCCCAGAGUGGGCCACCCCCGAGGUGCUCAGGUCUCUGGCCCAGGUCUCGGCCCUGGAUGUUCGCGCUCACGUGGGCCCCCCCAGGGCACAGGAGAAGGCCCAGCUCACUGGAGGAAUCCUGCUCGAUGCCAUCCUCACCAAUUUCACCCAGGUCCAGGCCCGAGGGCUGCCUCUCAAGAUGAUUAUGUACUCAGCUCACGACAGCACCCUGCUGGCCCUGCAGGGUGCCCUGGGCCUCUAUGAUGGGCACCACCCACCUUAUGCCGCCUGCCUGGGUUUCGAGUUCUGGGAGCACCUGGAAAGGCCAGACCAGGAGGAGGAGGAGGGGAACGUGACCGUGUCUCUCUUCUAUCGGAACGACUCCUCCCGGCGGCCCCUGACCCUGGAGCUCCCCGGCUGUCCCUCCCCCUGUCCCCUGGGGCGCUUCCGUCGGCUCACUGCCCCGGUCCGGCCGCCGCCGGGGGGACCCCCCUGCCACCACCCGGCCAAGGAUGCUGAGCCUCCAGGUGCCGCGGUGCCCCUGCUGGCAGGGGCUGUGGGGAUCCUGGGUGUCCUCAGCCUGGGGCUGGGGGCUCUCCUGUGGAGCGGGGGCUCUCGGGGGCCCCGGGAAGGCCCUGUCUAAGGGGCACAGAGA